UAUUUGGUAUCAGGUUCUAUCGCAGGUGCCAUUUCCAGAAGUGCUACUGCUGGCUUUGAAAGAUUAACAAUUAUUCAACAAGUUCAGGGUAUGUCACAAAAUUUAACAAAAAAUUAUGUAGGAUGUAUGGGUGCUUUAAAGGAAAUGGUUAAAAGAGAGGGAUUCAAAUCUCUCUUUAAAGGAAAUGGGGCAAAUAUUGUUAAAGUCUCUCCAAACUCUGGUAUUCGUUUUUUAACUUACGAAUUUUGUAAGAAAAAGUUUUUAAAGGCAGAUAGUGAAAAGAUGACAGUUCCCCAAACAAUGUUUUCGGGUGCAAUGGCUGGUUUAACUUCAACAUUCUUUACAUACCCUCUUGAUGUUGUAAGAAUUAGACUAUCUCUUCAAGGUUCAUCACAAGGAGACUAUGCUGUUCAUAGAUACAAUGGUAUAACCCAUGGUUUUUAUAAAAUUUCAAAGGAAGAGGGUUUAAAAGGUUUAUACAAAGGUUUAGGUACCUCGAUAUUGAGUAUAGUACCAUGGGUUUCAAUAAGUUUUGCAACCUAUGAAGGUUUUAAAAUUAUUUCAAGAAAAACAAUUUUACCAAUGAUAAAUAAUCAAAUUAAAGAUGAUUAUAUUAACCCAGAAAAUAUAAAAUUAACAACUAUAACUAAUGACAAAGAAAGUAGUCAAUGUUCAUCCAAUGAUAAAAAUCAAAGCCUAAUCGACGAUGCCAAGAAGGGUGUAAAUAUGGUUUGCGAUUUUUUCUGUGGAGCAUUAAGUGGUGCUGUAACAAUGACAGUAUGUUAUCCACUUGAUGUUUUAAGAAGAAGAAUGAUGAUUCAAGGUAUUGGUGGAAAUAAAACUCUUUAUAAGAAUGGUUUUGAUGCUGCUAAAAAAAUCUAUACUAUGGAAGGAGCCAAGGCUUUUUAUCAUGGUAUUAUUCCAGCUUAUUUUAAAGUUGUACCAACGGUUGCAAUUUCAUUUGCCGUUUACGAAUUAUGUAAAGAACUAUUUGGUGAAAAUAUUCCUUCAGCUCCAACUUCAAAUAACGAUUAUAACAAUAAUAAUAAUAAUAAUAAUAAUAAUAAUAAUAAUAAUAGCAUAAUUAAUAAUAGUAGUUUUAAAAACGAUAAAAAUAUUAAGCUAAAACAAUAA